CCCCCAUUGAAAGCCAUGUUCCUGGUCAAGGGGCUGCUGAGUGGGGGGGGAGGAGGGGGGGGUGGGGAGGGGGGGGGGCUCCCCGGGGCCCUCGGCCCGAUGCUGGGGGGGCUCCUGAGCGGGGGGGGCGGAGGCGGCGCCGGGGGGGCCAUGAGGGUCCUGGGGGGAGUCAUCAGUGCCAUAAGUGAAGCAGCUGCUCAAUACAACCCUGAGCCUCCCCCCCCCCGGACCCACAUCUCCACAGUGGAUGCCAAUGAGAGUGAAGAGGUUCGGCAGUUCCGGAGGCUGUUCCUGCAGCUGGCAGGGGACGACAUGGAGGUCAGCCCCACUGAGCUCAUGAACAUCCUCAACAAGGUCGUGACCCGACACCCUGACCUGAAGACAGACGGCUUCGGGCUGGACACGUGCCGCAGUAUGGUGGCUGUGAUGGAUAGCGACACCACCGGGAAACUGGGAUUCGAGGAGUUCAAGUACCUAUGGAAUAACAUCAAGAAGUGGCAGGGCAUCUACAAGCAGUUCGACACUGACCGCUCGGGUACUAUUGGGGUGCAGGAGCUGCCGGGGGCCUUUGAGGCUGCAGGUUUCCGGCUGCCCCCCCCGCUCUGGGGGGUCCUCGGCCGUCGCUAUGGGGACGAGGGAGGGAACCUGGACUUCGAUAACUUCAUCAGCUGCCUCGUGCGCCUGGAUGCCAUGUUCCGUGCCUUCAAGUCCCUGGACCGGGAUGGGAGUGGGCAGAUCCGGGUCAGCCUCCAGGAGUGGCUGCAGCUCACCAUGUACUCCUGAGGAGCCCAUGCUGGGGGGGGACAGAGCCCCCCAUUAUGUACCCCCCUUUAUAUACCCCCCUAUAGACCCCCAUAAUAUACCCCCAUUAUAAACCCCCAUAAUAUACCCCCAUAAUAUA